AUGACAUCAAAUGGAAGCCAUGGUAGGAGUACUUCUAUAGAGUCUGUGAAGAAUUGGGAGCAUAAGCAUUGUUUCUGCGGGAAGAUAGCAAGGCUGUGUACCUCUUGGACACUAAAAAAUCCGGGUAGAAGAUUCUACACAUGUGCAGUAGCUAAGGAUGUGCAAGGAUGCCAUUUCUUCCAGUGGUGUGAUGAAGCCUUUACUGGGAGGGCUUUUGAUGUGGUAACUCAUUUGAAUCACAGAAGAUUGUAUUUGGAAGAGAAACUAAAAUUGGUCGAAGAAGAUCUCGAACAAAGUUGUGAGAAGAGGAAAUUACUAAAGGCUGAAAGAUUGAAGUUGGUGGAAGAAAGAGCUGCACUGGAAAUUGAAAAAAAUUGCUAG